GCGCCUCUACGUCGGCGCGUAGCAGGGGGGCGUGCGUGUGAGGUCAUCGCGCGGGCGGGCGGGCGGGGUCGGUUGGUUUGAACAAGACGAAGACGGAACCGGUGCCGGUGCGGGCAGUGGACGCGGUUCCGCCGAGAGCCGAAGAUGGCAGUGAACGUAUAUUCAACGUCAGUCACCAGUGAUAACCUAAGUCGACAUGACAUGCUGGCCUGGAUCAAUGAGUCUCUGCAGUUGAACCUAACAAAGAUUGAACAGUUGUGCUCAGGAGCUGCCUAUUGUCAGUUUAUGGACAUGCUGUUCCCUGGCUCCAUUGCCUUGAAGAAAGUGAAAUUCCAAGCUAAGCUAGAACAUGAGUACAUCCAGAACUUCAAGAUACUUCAAGCAGGUUUUAAGAGAAUGGGUGUUGACAAAAUAAUUCCUGUGGAUAAAUUAGUAAAAGGAAAAUUUCAGGACAAUUUUGAAUUUGUUCAGUGGUUCAAGAAGUUUUUUGAUGCAAACUAUGAUGGAAAAGACUAUGACCCUGUGGCUGCCAGACAAGGUCAAGAAACUGCAGUGGCUCCCUCCCUUGUUGCUCCAGCACUGAAUAAACCGAAGAAACCUCUCAGCUCUAGCAGUGCAGCUCCCCAGAGGCCCAUUUCAACACAGAGGACUACUGCAGCUACUAAGGCUGGCCCUGGGGUAGUGCGAAAGAAUCCUGGUGUGGGCAAUGGGGAUGACGAGGCCGCUGAGUUGAUGCAGCAGGUCAGCGUAUUGAAACUUACUGUCGAAGACUUGGAGAAAGAGAGAGAUUUCUACUUUGGAAAGCUAAGGAACAUUGAAUUGAUUUGCCAGGAGAAUGAGGGGGAAAACGACCCUUUAUUGCAGAGGAUUGUAGACAUUCUCUAUGCCACAGACGAAGGCUUUGUGAUACCUGAUGAAGGGGGCCCACAAGAAGAGCAGGAAGAGUAUUAACAGCCCGGAUCAGAAGAGCAACAUCUGAAUUCUUCACUCCAAAUCAUGUGCUUAACUGUAAAAUACUCCCUUUUAUUCUUAGAGGACUCACUGGUUUCUUUUCAUAAGCAAAAAGUACCUCUUCUUAAAGUGCACUUUGCAGAAGUUUCACUACUUUUCUGAUAAGUUUGAAUUAGGAGCUUUUACCUUGUAGCAGAGCAGUAUUAACAUCUAGUUGGUUCACCUGAGAAACAGAGAGGCUCACCGUGGGGCUCACCGUUGUGAAUGCUGGUCACACUGGUCACUGGAGAAGGUGUUAUGAAUAUGCUGAGGUGGUAACCUCAGGAGAGAAGUGUAAAGACUGAAUUGAAUUUUAAGCUAAUGUGAAAUUAGAGAAUGUUGUGAUAAAUAAAUGCCUUAAGAGUAUUUAGAAUACGCUUCCAUAUUUCAAAAUAUAAAAUAUAACAUGAUGGGAGAUUUGACGUGUUUGGCAUUGUGUCUGGGAAGAAAGGACCAGACCUUGGGACCUUUGGAGUCUGCUGUCACAGGCCUUAGGGGCUGCUUGAAUCCUCAUAGGCCUGGGCUUUGGUCCGAGAGGAAUGUUUAAAAAUUGCUCUGUAGAUCCAUUGGUGUCCUUGACCAAUUGCAUCCCUGCUAAAAAGCAAGAGGCAUUGUUGGCUGGAUGAAUAGAGGGUGUGUUUCAGCCCUGAGAGGUUUGGGUUGAAGAGCUUGAUUUUCAUUUAGUGUUUAUCUGACAGCUUUUCCAGUAUCUCCCAAAUUUCCAUGUUUUAUACUCUUUGGAAAACGAGGUGUGCCCGUUUUUCUUUUUUUAAACUAACGACUUUGGGGACUUGCCCGUGUGUCUGGGGUUAGAAUGGGGCUGUGUCCCAUUUUACCGUGUUUUAGAGUUACAUUUAACACGUUUCUCUGCUCCCCUUGCCCACAGGGGAUUCCUCUUUGGCUCUUGCAAGUUUACUGCUUAGAGUGGGAAGUGCAGAGGCAGGCCAUCAUGCUGCAAAUCCUUGGGCCCUCUGGCAGAGGGAGUGAUCAGUGAAGACUUUCCUGACCUUGGCAUCUGCAGGGCUGGGGUGUUCUCGGGAAUCUGCUGUCCACAGCUCUCCAUGUUAUUUGAAUACUUUGCCAGUGCACUAAUCUCUUUGGAGAUGAAAUUCAUUAGUGUGUUACUAAAUGUUAAGUUUCUUUUGCAGAAAAUACAGUACCGUGUCUGAAUUAAUUAUUAAUAUUUAAGAUCUUUCACUCCUUGACUACCCCUCAUUUACUUUGCCUAUAGCCUGUUCAUUUCCUUUGGUGGGUGGGAUUCUGCCAAGUGUAUCUCACCAACCACUGAGAUUGUUCAGCCCUGAUGUAUUUGUAUUGAUUUGUUUUUGGUGGUAGCUUGUCCUAAAAAUGUGUGUAGAAAGCAAGUAUUUUAUGAUAAAAUUGUUGUGUAGUGCAUGCUCAGUGUGGAAUUCAGAGGAAAACCCAGAUUCAGUGAUUAACAAUGCCAAAAAAUGCAAGUAACUAGCCAUUGUUCAAAUGACAGUGGUGCUAUUUCUCUUUUGUGGCCUUUUGGACUUUUGUUGCCCUAAAAUUCCAUUUUAUUGGGAACUCAUUUUCCGCCUGGUCUUUCUUGUCAGGGUUUUUUUCUACUUUAAACAGUUUCUAAAUAAAAUUCUGUAUUUCAAGAGU